AUGCCGGACGGACGAUUGUACACACUGGACCCCGACACGAGAUUCUCGCAUGACAAAACGAGAACGACUGAAGGUUCACACACAGACUUCGAUCCUUUCCGGCUCGACUAUGCUGUUCAAGAUCACAACAUAGAUGUACCUGCACCAGACCCUCCGUUCCUGGGACAUGCCACCCCCGGGGCAGCACCGGACGCUCCUGCAGCAGAUCCAUCGUGUCCCCAUCCUGAUACUGCCGCUCCCAGUGCCGCUCCUGACGUCCACCUGGACAUCGUCGUAUUUGUUGACUACACUGUGUACCAGCGAUGGUACAACAGAUCUACUUUUUCAAGUCCCGAGAAGAGAAAACUGGAUACCAUUGAGCACAUCCGGCGCCAUUUUGGUCAUGUGAUGAAUGCUGUCCACCUUCGUUUCAAGAUGGCGUCUCCACGAUACCACGUCCACCUUGCUGGUUACGUCGUCGAGACUUCAGUUUUGGGAGACUUGGUUCGCGGAGUGUUGGACUCUGGAAGCAUGCGGACAGAAGUGGAGGGCAAAUGGUUACUGGACAGCGCGUGGACAUUGGCCAGCAGAACAUCCGGGUUCCCCGCUAGUGACCAUGUUAUCAUGUUUACAGAACGUACCCUGUACACGGUCCAGAUGGGAAGAUAUACGGAGAUAUUGGGUAAGCAAGGAUACAUGAUAUUGUGUUACAUGAAUGGGACAGUCUGA